AUGGGUCAAUCAGCUAGUUCAGAACCUGAACGUACAAGUUACUCUAAAACAGUAACAAAUGAAGAGCUGCUCUCAUUAUUUUCCAAAGCAUGCAGAAGACAAUUUAAACCGAUUGAACUUUUGUCAAUUCAAAAAAAUAUGAAGGCCCACGAUAAGGACAAGAAUGAACUGAUUUCUGAAAUGGAAUUUCAAGAAUUACUACAUCUUCCAACUAAUAGGCCAAGAUUAUUACAUUUACUCUAUAAUACUGUGAAGGCAUUAUCAAAUUUCCCAUUGAUGAAUCAUGAUAUAUCGGGUAUAAAUUUUGAUGGAUUACUGAAUUCAAUGGUACUUUUAAAUACAGAUAGAUAUGGGAAAAUAUUAAAGAAGGAAUUUGAUUAUUUGAAGUUAAUCUUCCUUGCAAUUAGUAUUGAAAGUGCCUCUAAGUUCAUUGAAAAAUUUGAAAAUCAACCAGAUACUCAAACCAUUAGUUAUAGUGGUACUAAUGUUAUCUCAUGGACUGAUACAGAUGCAGUGAAAACAUUUGAUAACAUUGAUAUUUCAGAGAUCUAUAUUGAAGCUGAAGAUCUACUUGAGAUUAUUACUUUUUUAUUGAUCAUUACUAGGUUGGAACCACAAGAAUCAUUGGAUAUAUAUAAAUCCCAUUUUGAAAAAUAUGAAAGUUAUGAAAAACAUGCAUUAAGUAUCUUGAGAUCUAUGAAUCCAAAUAUAUCAAGUAAAUACAUUUCAAACCAAAGGGUUAAAUUUGAUCAAUUUCAAAAAACAAUGUUAUAUAUAACACCAAAUUUAUUACAACCGUUAUCUUCACUUUUGGAAAUUUUAUUAUUUGAACCAAUAACAGAUCCAAAAGAAUUUGAAAAUCAAGUUGAGAAAAAACAAGUUAAAACAACUUCAAAAUUAAUUAAUGAUGAAUUUUUAUCACAACUAGCAACUGUUUUACCUAAAGAAGUUGUUUACUCCAAAAUACGGAAACUUUAUGUUGGUUCAGAUUCUGGGUUUUCAAUGAGAUCAUUUGAAUCAAAAGUAUUCAAAUGGAAUGCACCAACAAUAUUGUUGAUUAGAGGUGGUCGUGUAAAUAAUGAUAAAACCAAGAAUCCAAGAUUUAAAAAUUUUGAAGAAGAUUUUUCAUUUGCUAAAAAGGAAUUAACUACAUCACAAAAAAAUGGAGGUAAAGAAUUAAUUUAUGGUGUUUAUAUUUCUCAACCAUGGAAAAUUACAAAUAAAGAUAGUUUUGGAGAUUCUCAAACUACAAUUUUCCAAUUAUCACCAAUACAAAAAAUUUUUAAACCUUCAAUAAGUGCUAAGAAUUUUAUCUAUUUUAAUACAAUUGGUGGUGGGUUAGGAUUCGGUUCAAGACAACCAACGUUGAAAAACAAUAUAAAGAGAUAUAAUCCAGGUAAUGUAUCAUUAACUAUUGAUUCAACAUUAGAAUUUGCAGUGUUCCGCAACUUGGGACUUGGUGGGGAAUUCAAAUCAAUUGAUGAUGAAGAUUUAUUGGAAGAAUAUGAAGAUGUUUUCCAAAUCAGAGAUGUUGAAGUAUGGGGAUGUGGAGGUGCAAAAGAAUUAGAAGAACAAAAUAAGAGAUGGGAAUGGGAACAACAAGAGGCUCAAAGAAGACAAGGAGUUAAUUUGAAAAGUAUCGGUGAAGAUCGUGCAUUAUUGGAAAUGGCUGGUUUAGUUGGACAACAUCAAACAGGUGGUUCUGUUUAG